GCGGUCACGUGACCGUUAAAAUGUCAGAAUGGAGUACGAAUUUAUCGUCGACCGUCUUAUUUCAAUCGGCUCCUGUUCUCUUCUGUCGAUACUGUUCGUGUGUAGUUUGUAUGUGUGGGGCUCCCAUCACGACAGGGACCACUCGGCCACAAUAAAGAAGCGAUUCCUGAGCGUUUUUAUUGUAGUGCUCAUUUCCCCUGCGUUCGUAUACUUUGCGGUUAAUAAGGCUGCGUUGGAAAAGAGGACGCUAUGGGAAUUGCUGGGUCUUCGAAAAGAAGGGUUGGUCCAGGCUUUUGUCAUGCCCCUCUUCCUCACCAUGAUAUUAUUUUCCGGACCUAUUUAUAUGCAGAGUUACAAUGGCUUGUUGAAGUUGUAUACAGAACCAAUGUAUUGGGUUAAUGGUGCAAAAAAUCUGAUAUGGUUAAGGAAUCAUGUCGUCGCUCCGUUGGCUGAAGAGUUCACGUACAGAUCCUGUAUGUUGCCGAUACUGGGGCAGUGCUUCGAGCCUCUUACAGCUGUUUUCGUUUGCCCACUCUUCUUUGGCGCAGGUAAACAUCCUUUUUUGGCUUUCACCACGAGGUCACGGCACCGAUCCGUGUGGUGACUCUCUUCUCGUCCACCUGUGUGUGUGAGUGUGUGUAAAAACGAAAAACCUAUCUCCACCGUCUUCUGUCGGCUACCUGAUGCUUUUCCCCUUCGUUCUGUGUUUACCAAAAAAUUCCGCUUUUAACACCAAGACCUUGUCCUCUUAUAGUUCUCAAGGAAUUUUUUUGAAAUCUUUUUAGGGUGUUUAUUUUUAACUUUUUUGUUUAAACCAAUCCGACGCAAAAAAUGAGAAAAUAAUAAACGGGUUCGGUUCGAAACGCAAUCACCGCACCCCUCGGCGGUUGUGCAAUCAAUGUUUAACACGCGUGAGGUCGUUUGCAAUGAAAAUAUUGUUGGUGUGUAUGUAUAGGUAGUAGUGUUAGGUACAGUUAUCGCAAAUCGGUAGACCGGCACCCGCGCGUCCGACUGCGCUUGCUCGAUUCUUUUUAUUUCCGGUACAAACUUUUUGCUUUUCCCCGUUAAAAAUUGAUUUGGCAUUUGUUUUUGUUUUAUUUUUAAUGGACUUUGUUGAUGGGGCUGUAUUUUUUCCGGGAUACCAGCCGUUUUUUGUCGCAAUGCGUAAAUUAAAUAAAAAAGACGAAUUUAUAGCUUUUUUGGGUUAGAUUCGUUUAAUGCAUAAAAUUUUAUUUAAACAAAAGCACUGCAUGUUUUAAUAUUUGUAGUUUAAUUUAAGCGUUUCUAUUUAUAUUUUCAAAACAUUUCCAUUUAUACAUGCACUUUUAAUCCCGUUUAUAUUUAUUUAUUAUUUAGCAACCAAUAACAAUUGUUAAAAAAAAUUUUCAUUAUAAUACGUGAAAUAAAGGUGGUAAAUAGUGAUUAUUCCACAGAUAGAUUUAGGGGCACUUUGCGGUUUAUAACCAUUUUAUCCAAUUACUCUGUCUAAUUGAAUAAUUAUGAU